CGUUUUUAAUGGUUUCACUACGUAUGGUUCCGUCUGAACAGGGGCCACUGGCGUCCCCCUUCAAGAGACAAGAUGGAGCCUCGUCACGGGAUUAUGAAAGCCUUUCCCAAAGUUAAAAGAGCCAAAGUGUUUCAUGGAAAGGAUGCACCCCCAGCAAAGAAAAAGCCAGAUGAAUGUGAUGUUACAGGAAACACUUUUAAUGGUGUCACAGUGUACGUCCUGCCUGCUGGAAUAGGAAAUGCCAGAUACCAGAUCUUCCAGAGACAAAUUCAGCAGAAUGGAGGACAGACGGAGAGUUCACUGUGUCCCAGUGUCACUCAUGUUGUUGUGGAUGACAACAUGGACAUGGACAGGGCCCUGCGCUUACUGAAAGUGGAUUGUAUGCCCUCUGGAGUCCAGUUGGUGAAAUGCACUUGGUUGAGCCUGUGCAUCAGUGAGAAGCAACUACUGGAUGUUGAGAGCUACAGUCUUCUUUUACCCAAGAGGGAAUCUGGAACAGUGCAUGAAAAUAUUAGGGAAGAGCUGCCGAGUGUCAAAACUGCUGCAGAAACUAUUGUCGAGCCGGUGUCUGAUCAAACCAAGCAAGAGGAGGCUAUAGAUGUGACGCUCCCAGACACCAAGGAGGAAGUGCGAGGAGAGGAAGAUGGGGUGUCUCAGAAUGACCUGGAAGCUCUCAUCACUGGCCAGCACCCCAAAGGGGAGCCUCCUGGCCCCAGCCUCGACCCUGGUCCAGACUCUGCUCAGAAGGUGGUCUCGGGGAAGUGGGUCUGUGCCCAGUCCUCUCAGUCCAAAACUAAUAACUUCAACAAGCACAUCACAGACAAACUAGAAGUGCUGGCCAAGGCCUACACACACCAGGGGGACAAGUGGAGGGCGCUGGGCUACUCCAAGGCUGUCAACGCACUGAAGAGUUACCACAAGCCUGUUACAUCAUAUCAGGAGGCUUGUCAGAUCCCAGGAAUUGGAAAACGCAUGGCCGACAAAAUUGAUGAGAUCAUGGAGAGCGGUCACCUGCGGAAGCUAGAUCACAUAGGAGAGGCUGUGCCGGUGUUGGAGCUUUUUACUAACAUCUGGGGUGCAGGAGCUAAAACUGCACAGCUGUGGUACCAGCAGGGAUUUCGCACAUUAGAGGACAUCCGCACAAAGGCUCACCUAAGCAGCACUCAAAAGAUUGGACUCAAACACUACGAUGACUUUCUCGACCGGAUGCCCAGAGAAGAAGCAGCGGCCAUAGAGACAGUGGUAAGGGAUGCUGUCCAAGCCAUAGACCCACACCUGGUGGCCAUCGCGUGUGGCUCCUACCGUCGGGGAAAGGCCACAUGUGGAGAUGUUGACGUACUCAUAUCUCAUCCUGAUGGCAAGUCCCACAAGGGCAUUUUCAGCAAAGUGUUACAGAGCCUCCAUGACAGUGGGUUUUUGACGGACGACCUGGUGAGCCACGAGGAGAAUGGAGAGCAGAAGAAGUACAUGGGUGUGUGCCGUUUGCCAGGACCCGGCCAACGCCAUCGCAGGCUGGACAUCAUAGUGGUGCCCUACAAUGAGUUUGCCUGCGCGCUCAUGUAUUUCACUGGGUCGGCACACUUCAACCGUUCAAUGCGAGCCCUGGCAAAGACAAGAAGCAUGAGCUUAUCAGAACACUCGCUGAACCAAAAUGUGGUGCGUCAGGGUAGCUUGAAGGUGUAUGGUGGCACUCCACUCGCUACACCGACAGAGAAGGAUGUUUUCAGUCUUUUAGGCAUACCAUACAGACAGCCUCGUGAAAGGGACUGGUGAUGAUUUGCCAGUCUCUAAGCCAAUCACAAUGCCUUGUCUGGUUUAAUAGAAAAGUCAUGAUGAUUAUGAUGAUUAAUGUUGACAAUGGAAACUGCAGUUAUGCUCAAACAGCCAUAGCCAUUAAGAAUGUUUUACUGCUCCACAAAUAAUGUAAGAGCCCUGUUUGACUUGAAUGCUAAUUUUAUUUUACAGAUUUAAGGGUUGGAUCCAUUCAGAUCUCAAAAACAACAUAUUUUCUUUCCUAACUCUAGUUGUAUCUAUCCCUGCAGAUGGUGUGAGUGGAAUGUGCAAGGUUUGAGAUGCCUCUGAAAGCUCUGCUGCCAAACCAGUACAAUACAAUGAAUGGAAUUCUGUUGUUGGGUCCUGAGCCUUUAAGAAUUGCAUUUAAAAACUAUUUUUUUAAGGACAGUUUCUUCAGCAGAUGGUAGUUGGAUUAAGCUGAGCAACUAAGAACAUUGUUAAAAAAAUAUAUAUUUCUAUUAGGUUUUUGCAAAUGUCAGUUAGUGAAACCUGAUAUUUAGAAAGCUUAACAGCAAAUGUCAAUUUGCAAAACUUCCCUUUUGCACAACUGGCAGCAGUAAAUGUUUCAGCGGCAAAUAUCUCAAAACUUGAACAGGUCAAACCUAUCUGCAGGGUUAGAUUGUGCAAGAGGUAAGUGGACAAAUAUGUGAUUUUGUAAUCACAUAUGAUGAUGAGUGAACUGGCCCUUUAAAGACAUUUUGGUGUGGGAGAUGCUUGACACUAUAUUUUAUGACAGAUGAGUAAUGAAAAUAAAACAUACUAAA